UACGAAGCCGAUCAAAAGCGUACGGAGUUUCCAGGAGGGCGGUCGUGUUACGAUCACAGAGAGAAAAAGAAAGAGAGAGAGAGACAGAGAGAGAAAGAACCUUUCUUCCCCCACGGUUACACAAAAAUUUCUCGAUACGUACGGGUCCUGGAUUUCAACGCGCAUCACAAGAAAAACGUUAUUCAAUAGAAUAAUGGCGCGCCGUGUGAUUUGACAGUGCAGAAACGCUUGAAUGGGAAAAGUGCCUCGAUAUUUUGUGAAAAUACCCAGAUUUUGAAUAGUGGAGAGAGACGGAAGAAACUCAUUCUUCGCGAUACGAAAAGGAAGUAACGAGAGGGACGAGGAAAGAAGACGAGGACGAAGACGAAGACGACGGUGUGCGAGAGAGAAGGAAAAUAGGAAAGAAGGAGGAAGGAAGAACAGAAGAGAUAGCUCGUGGGCGAGCUCGAAGAGAUGACGGGGGAGGAGGGAAAGGGUGGCGGUGGCGCCGGUGGGAAUACGAACGUUAACGCGACUGACAAUGUGAAUAAUGUUAACGCUAACAUCAAUGCGAAUGUCAAUGUCAACAUUAAUGCAAACACGAACGUCGUUCACCAAAAUGGCGGAACGGAGAAGGCGCCGGUCGUCGGUGGUACUAACGUUGAGACAUUGCCGCGUGCUGGAAAACAGAGUGAUCCAAGCACGUCAUUUUUGAGAGCAGCUCGCGCGGGUCAGUUGGAAAAGGUUCUGGAGUAUCUUGAAUCGGGUGUGGACAUUAACGCAUCAAAUGCUAACGGACUGAAUGCUUUGCACCUGGCAGCUAAGGAUGGCCACUUGGAAAUUGUCCGAGAACUUCUUAAUCGUGGCGCAGUAGUCGAUGCUGCUACUAAAAAGGGAAACACCGCAUUGCACAUUGCUUCUCUUGCUGGACAAGAGGAGGUUGUACAAUUGCUCGUUCAACAGGGUGCUUCUGUGAACGCACAGUCACAAAAUGGGUUCACACCGCUCUAUAUGGCUGCUCAAGAGAAUCACGACUCUGUGGUCAAGUACCUCCUCAGUAAGGGUGCCAACCAAACCCUCACGACGGAGGAUGGAUUCACUCCAUUGGCGGUGGCCAUGCAACAGGGUCAUGAUAAAGUAGUAGCCGUUCUAUUGGAAAAUGAUACUCGCGGUAAAGUUCGAUUACCUGCCCUCCACAUUGCUGCUAAGAAGGAUGAUUGUAAUGCGGCUGCCCUACUUUUGCAAAACGACCAUAAUCCCGACGUAACUUCGAAAAGCGGUUUUACACCACUUCACAUAGCCGCACAUUAUGGCAACGAUCGAAUUGCUUCCUUACUUUAUGAUAGAGGUGCGGAUGUAAAUUUUGCUGCUAAACAUAAUAUUACGCCGAUUCAUGUAGCUGCAAAAUGGGGAAAAAUUAAAAUGGUAAAUCUUCUGAUAAGUAAAAGAGCAAAUAUCGAAGCAAAAACGAGAGAUGGCCUUACUCCUCUUCAUUGUGCAGCAAGAUCAGGUCAUCACGAGGUUGUUGAUAUUCUUAUUGAAAGAGGAGCACCCAUUGGCUCGAAGACAAAGAAUGGUCUUGCACCAUUACACAUGGCUGCUCAAGGGGAUCAUGUAGAUGCCGCAAGGGUUCUACUUUAUCAUCGUGCACCUGUGGAUGAAGUAACAGUAGAUUAUUUGACAGCAUUGCAUGUGGCAGCUCAUUGCGGUCACGUAAGAGUGGCCAAACUUUUACUUGAUAGAAAUGCAGAUCCUAAUGCACGUGCACUCAAUGGUUUCACACCUCUACACAUUGCGUGUAAGAAGAACAGAAUCAAAGUAGUUGAACUUCUCUUAAAACAUAAAGCUAGUAUCGAAGCCACUACGGAGUCCGGAUUAACUCCGCUGCAUGUAGCAAGUUUUAUGGGAUGUAUGAACAUCGUCAUUUACUUGCUGCAACACGAAGCUAGUCCAGACAUACCGACAGUAAGAGGCGAAACGCCGUUACAUUUAGCUGCCAGAGCAAAUCAGACUGAUAUUAUCAGAAUACUUCUUAGGAACGGUGCUCAAGUUGACGCUAGAGCAAGGGAGGAACAAACGCCGCUUCACGUUGCUUCCCGCUUAGGCAAUGUUGACAUUGUAAUGUUGCUAUUACAACACGGUGCUGGAGUUGAUGCCACAACGAAAGAUUUGUACACUCCACUUCAUAUCGCAGCUAAGGAGGGUCAAGAAGAGGUUGCUUCAGUUUUAUUAGAAAAUGGAGCAUCACUUACUGCUACGACUAAGAAAGGUUUUACGCCUUUGCAUUUGGCAGCUAAAUACGGCAAUAUGAAUGUAGCGAGGUUGUUACUACAGAAAAAUGCACCGGUUGAUGCUCAAGGAAAGAACGGAGUAACUCCUCUUCACGUAGCAUCGCAUUAUGACCAUCAGAAUGUAGCGUUACUUCUAUUAGAUAAGGGUGCUUCGCCACAUGCUAUGGCUAAAAAUGGCCACACACCUUUACAUAUUGCAGCACGAAAAAAUCAGAUGGAUAUUGCAACCACAUUACUAGAAUAUGGCGCGAAAGCGAAUGCAGAAUCAAAAGCAGGAUUUACGCCGCUACAUUUAAGUGCACAAGAAGGACACACCGAUAUGUCAACUUUACUUAUCGAACACAAGGCAGACACAAAUCAUAAAGCGAAGAAUGGUCUUACGCCGUUACACUUAUGCGCACAAGAGGAUAAAGUCAACGUUGCUUCUAUUCUCGUAAAGAAUGGUGCUCAGAUUGAUGUUAAAACAAAGGCUGGUUACACACCAUUGCACGUUGCGGCUCAUUUUGGUCAAGCAGCAAUGGUACGAUUCCUUUUGCGGUCUGGUGCAACUGUUGAUAACAGUACCAAUGCUGGUUAUACGCCGUUACAUCAAGCUGCACAGCAGGGCCACACGCUGGUUAUUAAUUUACUGUUGGAAAGUAAAGCUAAGCCAAAUGCUGUAACCAAUAAUGGACAAACCGCUUUAGAUAUUGCACAAAAACUUGGCUAUAUCAGUGUCAUCGAAACUCUAAAGGUUGUAACAGAAACUAUCAUUACUACGACACAUACUAUCACUAUUGAAGAGAAAUAUAGAGUACAAGCACCUGAAUCUAUGCAAGAAACGUUCAUGAGCGACAGUGAAGAUGAAGGUGGUGGUGAUGAAAUCGGCAUAGCAGCCAUGAAUGUGUACGGGCAGCCUCCACACGCGCAACACGUGUACCUUCCUUCUUACUACCAGGGCCAAAUGACCUAUACCCGUGAAGAUCCAAUGCUCAGCGACCAACAUCAAUACCGUUACAUGACUGUUGAUGAUAUGAAAUCUAUGGGAGACGAUUCCAUGCGUGUCAAUGUGACGGAUGAUGAGAGAGAUAAUCGACAUGCUGGAGCUCCCACAAUAACAGAAAUGAUCACCAAGGAAAAUUAUCAACGUUCUAAUGCCGCAAAUCUCAAGCCAGACAAUAUAGAUAUCAAUAGGCAUCCGGUUCACGUUGGUGCCUCUAUAGAGUUCCUAAUUACAUCGCUGGCUGCUCUCGGUACCGUGUCAAAAGGACAAGGAAUGUGGAGGGACAGCUUCCUGGUUUCUUUCCUGGUCGACGCGAGAGGUGGUGCAAUGCGGGGAUGUAGACACAGUGGAGUUCGGGUUAUCGUGCCUCCACGUAAAGCAGCAAUGCCGAUGCGAGUAACUUGCAGAUACCUAAGGAGAGAUAAAUUGACCAAUCCGCCUCCUUUAAUGGAAGGCGAGGCUUUGGCCAGUCGUAUUUUGGAACUUGGACCAGUCGGUGCUAAAUUUUUAGGACCCGUCAUCAUAGAGGUGCCACAUUUUGCAUCAUUAAGAGGGAAGGAACGAGAAAUAGUUAUCUUACGUUCCGAUAAUGGAGAAACUUGGCGCGAACACACCCUGGAGGCUAGCGAGGAGGCUGUACAGGAUGUUCUCAAUGAGAGCUUUGAAGGAGAAGAAUUAAGCCAGCUAGAAGAUCUCCAAACGUCGCGUAUCGUAAGGAUACUUACUGCUGAUUUUCCACAUUAUUUCGCGGUUGUCUCUCGUAUAAGGCAAGAAGUACAUGCGGUUGGGCCAGAAGGUGGUACUGUAUCUUCGUCAGCUGUUCCUCAGGUUCAAGCUGUUUUCCCACCUGCAGCUUUAACCAAGAAGAUUAGGGUUGGCUUACAGGCCCAUCCAAUACCAGCUGAACUAGUAGCAAAACUACUAGGUAAUCGAGUCGCAGUAUCGCCCAUAGUAACGGUAGAACCACGACGACGAAAGUUCCAUAAGCCCAUAACUUUGACAAUACCGGUACCACAAGCAGCUAAUAAAGGCAUGAUUAACCAAUACUCGGGGGAUGCACCGACUCUAAGGCUCCUGUGCAGCAUAACUGGAAUAUCGAUACUGAAGGGUCGAGGAAGAUCUCGUCUAUCGAGGGGUCAGUCUCGGGCAGUCUGGGAGGAUGUCACAGGUUCGACACCAUUGACUUUCGUCAAGGAUUGUGUCUCUUUCACUACCACGGUAUCUGCUCGUUUUUGGCUAAUGGACUGCCGAAAUAUUUCGGAAGCGACAAAAAUGGCAACAGAAUUAUAUACUCAUGCUACCCAUGUACCAUUUAUGGCUAAAUUUGUAGUCUUCGCAAAACGUAUAGAUCCUUUGGAGGCAAGGAUACGCGUAUUUUGUAUGACUGAUGAUAAAGAGGAUAAAACUCUUGAACAUCAAGAGCAUUUUACAGAAGUUGCGAAGAGUAGAGAUGUUGAAGUGUUAGAAGGCAAAACUCAAUACAUGGAAUUUACGGGUAAUCUUGUACCAGUAUUAAAAAGUGGCGAACAGCUUCAAUUGCCAUUCAGAGCGUUUAAAGAAAAUAGAGUACCGUUUACUGCGCGGAUAAAAGAUCCAGAUGCGGCAGAUAUGAUGGGUCGAAUAAUGUUUAUGAGCGAGCCUAAGGUUCCUAAAGGCGAGGUGCCACAAACACCAAUAUGUACAUUGAAUAUUUUGUUACCUGAAAAGAUUUCUCCUGAACCUGCGGUUUCAGAAUUGGAUUUACUUGAAUUAUCGAAAAAUUACAGUUUUCUACGCGAUGGUGGAAUCAGUCGGCCAGAUGCUAUACAUAGAGCAACUAUACGUUUAAGGGAUAUAGCAAAUUUACUAGGCAAAGAUUGGGAACAAUUAGCAGAAGAACUUAAUAUUGCUCCGAACGAUGUGUCUUUGAUAAAACAGGAAUAUCCUGAUAAACCAGCUCAACAAGCGGCAGCAAUGUUCAAACUCUGGCAAAGUAAUGGAAAUAAAGCAACGGGUAAUACCUUAGAAAAGGCGCUCAAUAAGAUUGGCCGAGAAGAUAUUGUUAACAAAUGUAUAUUUAACGUAGAACUUGUUACUGAUGAUGUCGAAAAAGCAGUUGCAAGGGUUCAAUUAGAUCAGCCAGGUUUUGACUCCUUAAAAGAAGAAUUAGGACCUUCGAGGGACACAUCUCUUCGACGUGAUGCAACUAUGGAUCCAAAAAUGGAUCCUGAUUAUGAGGAACCAGAUAGAAUGAAGGAAUCUGAAUCCGUAGAAGAGCUUAGUAACACUGGUCGUUUGCAGGAUAAACGAUCCAAGCAGCAUGUCACAAUCGCAAAUGGCACUGUAUUCAACGGAACCUCGACACCCAUCAAAGAUAAAUAUGCAAGUGAUGAGAAAGAAUUGGGAGAUAUGAUGGCUGAUUUCAUUGAACAUAAAUGUCACGUUACCGACACGAUGAGUAAAAAAUCACGCGACGAGCUCGACGACGAAGAAAAAAAGCGACAAAGGGUGAUUGCUGACGCUAAUAAAAUAGUUUCUGGUGUAAUAGCAGAGGCAGAGAAAGAAAAGGAGAAGUUAGCGAAGGAAGGGUGGUCGGUGGUUUAUGAUGAUAUGCGGGACAGUGAGAAGGUGAGAGGUGCUGUAGGGCAAUCUUCAUUUAAUAAAGAGAUAGCUAAAAGUUCAGAUCAAUUUAGGGAUGCAGAGUUAGGUAUAAUUCUACAACCAAAAGUUAGAGAUGAUGUAGAGCCUCUUAUAAUUAAACAAGAAAGAGCACAUGGCGGGAAAAAGGAUCCAAAGAAGCAAAUUUCUUUCCCGAAACAAACAGGCAUUUUAAAGAAGGAUUUAGUAGUAGAACAACCAGUUGUUAGGGAGAUUACCGUUGUAAAAGAUAUUAAACCCACAGUAGUUACUAUAACUUCCACAGAUUCUACUACUUUACCUCAUAGUAAAGUAGAAGUUAGUGAAAAAGAGAAGAUGUCUAAGGAAGGUAAAGAUGUAGAUGAGAAGUUGUUACAAGGUGAUAUGACAUCUCAACCUAUGAAAGACUCCGAUAAAAAGAUUAAAAUGACAGAAAUAAAAACGAAUAUUGGAACGGAUGUUCCAACGAAGAGCCAAGUAGAACAGGAUGGAACAUCAAUUACCGAUAAGCGUCAUUCCGCGUAUAAAGAUGUAUAUGAUGCUCAAUAUCUCGCAAAGAAUCUCGACGAAGGAACAACUGAUACAUCAAAAAAGGUGAAAGAUAAAAGCAGUGGUAUAUUUUCGGGUAUUUUUAAAGGCCCUAAGUUAAAGAAGGGUAAAUCCAAAGAUUCGAAAGAGACAUCUUUUGAUAGCGGAGAUGAGGAAAGUAAAAUUACUUCGGUUUCCGACACACUAUCAAAACCUGUAAGUAUAUCUCACGAUAAAGGUCCUUCGCCACAAAAAGAUUCAGAAACUAUCCUAUCUGAUAUAAAACUUACAACUAUAAAUUUAUUGGAGGAUGCUAAGAAUACUGCUGCUCUUUUACAUGCACCAACAGAAUCUAAUGAAAAAAAUGGAUCAGUAACAAUUCCUGUAGAAGAUAAAAAGAGCAAAUCAUCGAUCGAAGCUCAUACUAAGCCUCAAGUAGUACACGAAGUAAAAGAAAAGAUUACGACGGUAGGAAUCAAAAAAGAACAUAUUAACGGAACAACAACGAUCCAAUCAAACCAGACAAUAGACUCUCUUAAUGGCACAGGGAAAAAUGUAGAGCGAGAAGAUAAUCAAAAUCUUGAAAUAAUGUCAAAGAGUAGUCCAACUAAACAAGAAAAUGUUCAAAAAUCUGACUUGAAAGAAUCACCAAAGAAAGAAGAUAAAGAUGAUAGUGAUGCAGGUACAACUGGUAAAGAACGUGGUGGUAUAUUCGGAAUAUUUAAAAGUCCGAAAUCGAAAGAAAAGAAAACGAGUAAAAUAAAAGAUUCAUCUCUAGAUUAUAGUGACGAAGAACUUAAAUCCACUACAGAAAAAUUCCUUGAAGAAACACGUAAAGUUGCCGGCGAGGAUGUAAUUCACGUAGGUUACAAGAUAGAGGAUACAAAACCUAUUGCUACAAGUCCAAUAACUACGCUUAGUGCUGCUACUUACGAUAGCUCUGAUGUACCAGUAGACAAAGUUAGUAAACAUUCGUACGAUGUAACGGGUAAAUAUAAAUUGGAACCAACUCUACCAGCAGAUAAGAAAUCUGAUAAAGAAACUGCAGAAGAGAGUAAGGAAAAGGGUAAUUUCUUUGGUAUAUUCAAAAGUCCUAAACCAAAAUCUAAGAAAGGGACAAGAGAUCGUAGUAUUUCGAAAGAGAGAUCAUUUGAUAGCACAGAUGAAGAUUCCUAUAAUGCAGAUGUAAAAUAUACUGAACAUUUAAGUAAAUCAUCGAUUCAAAAAGAAGAAGAAAGCCAGGAAUCAGGAUCAGGAGAUGAGGGAACUAAAGAAAAAAGCGGUGGUAUUUUCGGAAUGUUUAGAAGUCCCAGAUUGCAACGUGGCUCUCGAAGUAAAUCUAAAGAAAAAAGUUUACCUCCUGAAAUACCACAAAGUGAUUCGAAAGAAACAACAGCCAAAUUCCUAGAGGAUACGCGCAAUACUGCCGAAAUGAUCAGUAGUUAUCAACAAUCACCUUUGAUUUCAUCACAAAAUCAAGAAGAUUCAACUAAGGAAAAAACUCCACCUACAGAAAAAGCACCUAUUGAUAUCGCAGCUCAGAGAGUUCUAAAUGGUGUAAAAGAUGUGAAAGAUGCUGUAGCGAAAGAACUGAAAGAAGAGAGUAAAGCUGUAAAGACUGCACUCGCUGUUGGUACUGGUGCUGUUGUGGAUGGUGCCCAAUCAGUAAAAGAUAAAGCUACGAAAGAAACUAAAAAAGCAAAAGAUAAAACGUCUGGAUUUUUCUCGGGUAUAUUCAAGGGAACUAAACAUACAGCUGAAGACAUUUCCGAUGAUGUUAAAGAUUUCGUAGCAGAAACAAAAACUGAAGCUGCCAAAGAAGAGGCUCGUGCAAAAGAAGCAGCUGCGCAAGCUGUAAAAACUACCGAUGAUACAAAAAUUAAACUUGCAGCUGGUAUUAAAGAUUUAAAAGAUAAGACAGUAGCAGGAGUGCAAGAUGCUAAGGAGAAAACAGCUGUUAGUGUUAAAGAUGGAAAAGAUAAGACAGUAACUAUAACGCAAGAUAUCAAGGAGAAAGUAGUAACUGUCACUAAAGAUACAAAGGACAAAGUAGUAAUUGGAACACAGGAUCUCACCGAAAAAGCAGCAGCUGGUGUAAAGGAUGCAAAAGACAAAACAGUAGAAGGAGCCCAGGACUUUACGAAGAAAACAGCAGCUGGUGUAAAAGAUAUCAAAGAUAAAACUGCUUCAGUGGUUACAGACGUAAAAGACAAAAUUGUGCUUGAUGGUAAAAUAGCUGCUGAUAAAAUAGAAACCACAACUCUUAAAGUUGCAGAUGGUGUGAAGGAUGCAAAAGAUAGUGCAACAAAAGAAUUAAAAGAAGAUGCUGAAGUUGUAAAAGGAGCACUUACUACUGGUGCUACUGCUAUUGUAGAUGGCGCUCAAUCAACGAAAGAUAAAACUAUAAAAGAAACUAAAAAAGCUAAAGAUAAAACAUCUGGGUUUUUCUCAGGCAUAUUUAAGGGAGCUAAGCAUGCGGUAGAAGAUAUUUCUGACGAAGUUAAAGAGUUCUUAGAAGAAACUAAAAUCGAAGCUGAAGAAGAAGAGGCACGUGCUAAAGAAACUGCUUCACGAGCUGCUAAAUCUGCAGAUGAUGUAAAAGAUAAAACUGUAACUGUAGUUAAAGACCUGAAAGAUAAAACAGUAGCAGAAGUAGAAGAUGUGAAAAAGAAGGUAGUAAUUGGUGCAAAGGAUGUAAAAGAAAAAACGGUGGAAGGAGUACAAGAUGUCACAAAGAAGACAGUAAGUGGCGUAAAGGAUGCCAAAGAUAAAGCAGCCGAUGUAGCAGUAGAUGCAGGCGACAAAAUAAUCUCUAAUGGAAAAAAAGCAAUUGAUAAAGUAGAAACUGCAGCACAUGGAGUUGCGGAAAAAGCACAUGAUGCAAAGGAUAAUAUAGCAAAAGAAUUAAAAGAAGAUGCCGCAGUUGUAAAGGGUACACUUUCCAGUUCUGCUGAUGCUGUCGUAGAUGGUGCGCAAUCAGCGAAAGAUAAAGCUGACAAGGAAAGUAAAAAAGCUAAAGAAAAAGCAUCUGGAUUUUUCUCGGGUAUUUUUAAGGGUGCUAAGCAAACAGUUGACGAUGCUUCUGAAGAUGUAAAAGAGUUCUUGGACAAAACAAAAGCCGAAGCUGCAGAAGAAAAAGCACGUGCUAAAGAAGCUGCUUCACGAGCUGCUAAAUCGGUGGAUGAUGUAAAAGAUAAAACUGUUGCUGGGGUUAAAGACCUGAAAGACAAAACAGUAACAGGAGUGCAAGACGUGAAGGAGAAGACAGCUGCGGAAGAAAGAGCACGUGCUAAAGAAGCUGCCUCACGAGCUGCUAAAUCUGUAGAUGAUGCAAAAGAUAAAACUAUUGCUGGAGUUAAGGAGCUGAAAGACAAAACAGUAACAGGAGUGCAAGACGUGAAGGAGAAGACAGUAGUUGGUGUGAAAGAUGCAAAAGAUAAAACUGUAGCAGCCACGGAAGGGGUUAAAGAGAAAGUAGCAGUUAGUGUCAAAGAUGCUAAAGAAAAAAUAGUAACUGAAGCAAAUGAUAUUACACAGAAGGCAGUAAUUGGCGCAAAGGAUGCAAAAGAAAAAACAGUGGAAGAAGUACAAGAUGUCACAAAGAGAACAGCAGCUGGAGUAAAGGAUAUCAAAGAUAAAGCAGCUCAUGUAGUAGCAGACGCUGGCGACAAAAUGAUUUCUGGAGGAAAAAAAGCAGUUGAUAAAGUAGAAACUGUGGCACAUGGGGUUGCGGAAAAAGUAAAAGAUGCAAAGGAUGAUGUAGCGAAAGAAUUAAAAGAAGAUGCCACAAUUGUAAAGGGUGCACUUUCCAGUUCUGCUGAUGCUGUAGUAGAUGGCACGCAGUCAGCGAAAGAUAAAGCUGACAAAGAAACGAAAAAAGCUAAAGAAAAAGCAUCUGGAUUUUUCUCGGGUAUUUUUAAAGGAGCUAAACAUACAGUUGAUGAUAUUUCUGAAGAUUUCAAAGAGUUUUUGGACAAGACAAAAGCCGAAGCCGUGGAAGACGAGGCACGUGCUAAAGAAGCUGCUUCACGAGCUGCUAAAUCUGUUGAUGAUACAAAAGAUAAAACUGUUACCGGUCUCAAAGAUAUAAAAGACAAGACAUUAGCAGGAGUAGAAGUCGUUAAGCAGAAGGCAGUAGCUGAUGCUAAGGAUGCAAAAGAUAAAAUUGUUGCUACAACCCAAGACACUAAAGAAAAUAUAGUAUCAAGCACUAAAGAUGCUAAAGACAAAGCAAUAAGUGGAGUGCACGAUAUUACAGAUAAAUCAGUAAAAAGUGUAAAAGAUGUAAAAGAGAAAACAGUAGAAGGAAUAAAAGAUAUCACCGAGAAAACUGCAGCUGACGUAAAAGAUAUCAAAAAUAAAGCAGUUGCGGCAGUAUCAGACACAGAAGAAGAUGUUAUUUCUGGUGGGAAAAAAGUAACAUAUAAAAUAGAAACCACUACUCACGGAGUUACAGAAGGUGCAAAGGAUGCUAAAGACACUGUAGCAAAAGAACUGAAGGAUGACGCUGAAGUAGUCAAAAAUUUAUUUAGCACCAGUGCUGGUGCUGUUGUAGAUGAAAUACAAUCCGCGAAAGAUAAAACUGACAAGGAAAGUAAAAAAGCUAAAGAAAAAGCAUCUGGAUUUUUUUCGGGUAUUUUUAAAGGUGCUAAGCAAACAGUUGACGAUGCUUCUGAAGAUGUAAAAGAGUUCUUGGACAAAACAAAAGCCGAAGCUGCAGAAGAAAAAGCACGUGCUAAAGAAGCUGCUUCACGAGCUGCUAAAUCUGUAGAAGAUGCAAAAGAUAAAAGUCUUGCUGGAGUUAAAGACUUGAAGGACAAAACAGUAGCAGGAGUGCAAGACGUGAAGGAGAAGACAGUAGUUGGUGUGAAAGAUGCAAAAGAUAAAACUGUAGCAGCCACGGAAGAUGUUAAAGAGAAAAUAGCAAUCGGCGUAAAAGAUGCUAAAGAGAAAGUAGUAACUGAAGCACACGAUAUUACAGAGAAGGCAGUAAUUGGCGCAAAGGAUGCAAAAGAAAAAACAGUGGAAGGAGUACAAGAUGUUCGAAAGAAGACAGUAGCUGGCGUAAAAGAUGUCAAAGAUAAAGCAGCCGAUGUAGCAGCAGAUGCAGGUGACAAAAUAAUUUCUGGUGGGAAAACAGCAGUUGAUAAAGUAGAAACAGCAGCACAUGGGGUUGCGGAAAAAGCAAAAGAUGCAAAGGAUAAUGUAGCAAAAGAAUUAAGAGAAGAUGGCGCAGUUGUAAAGGAUGUAGUUUCUAGUGGUGUUGAUGCUGUUGCACACGGUGCACAAUCAGUAAAAGAAAAGACUGCAAAAGAAACUAAAAAAGCUAAAGAGAAAACAUCUGGAUUUUUCUCAGGUAUUUUUAAGGGAGCUAAGCAUACAGUUGAUGAUGUUGCUGAAGAUGUUAAAGAGUUUUUGGAUAAAACAAAAGCAGAAGCUGCUGAAGAAGAGGCACAUGCUAGAGGGGCUGCUUCCAAAGCUGUUACAUCUGUAGAAGAUGCAAAAGAUAAGAUUACUACUGAUGUCAAGGAUGUAAAAGAUAAAACAUUAGCAGAAGUGCAAGAUGCUAAAGAGGAGACAGUAGCUGCUGUUAAAGAUGCAAAGGAAAAAACUGUUGUAACAACACAAGAUGUCAAAGAAAAAAUAGUGUCUAGUACUAAAGAUGCUAAAGGUAAAAUAGUAGAUGGUGUAUAUGAUGUUACGAAGAAAGCAGAAACUGAUAUAAAAGACGUGGCAGACAAAACAGUAGAAGGAGCUAUCGAUCUAAAGAAGAAAACAGCAACUGACGUAAAUGAUAUGAAAGAUAAGGUUGCUUCAUCGGCAACGGACGCAAGGGAUCAAAUUGUUUCAGAUGGUAAGAAAGCCACUGGUAAAAUAGAAAUAGCCGCACAUGGAUUUGUGAAUGGUGCACAAGAUACGAAAGAUACAAUAGCAAAAGAAUUAAAAGAAGAUAUGAAAGUAGUGAAAGGUGCAGUUACCAGUGGUGCUGAUGCUAUUGUGGACAGUACUAAAACACAAAAGGAUAAAGCUACGAAAGAAACAAAGAAAACUAAGGACAAAGCAAGUGGAUUCUUCUCGGGCAUAUUAAAGGGAGCUAAGCACGCUGUUGAAGAUGUCUCUGAAGACAUUAAGGAAUUCUUUGAAGAAACAAAGGCCGAAGCUGCCGAAGAGGAAGCGCGUGCUAAAGAAGCUGCCUCACGAGCAGCGAAAUCUGUUGAUGAUGCAAAGAAUAAAGCUGUUGCUGAUGUUAAACAUGUAAAAGAUAAAAUGGUAGUAGAAGUACAAGAUGCGAAAUAUAAAACAGUAGCUAGUGCAAAAGAUGCAACAGAUAAAACCUUAGUUGCAACGCAAGAUAUGAAAAAUAAAACGCAAGAAGAAGUUCAAGAUAUAACAAAGAAAAUAGUAGCAAAUGUUACAGAUGAAAAAGAUAAAGCAACUUAUGUAGCUGCGGAAGUAGGCGACAAAGUGAUCUCUGGUGGAAAGAAAGCUGUUGAUAAAGUAGAAACUGCAGCACAUGGGGUCGCAGAAAAAGCAAAAGAUGCAAAGGAUGAUGUAGCAAAAGAAUUAAAAGAAGAUGCCGCAGUUGUAAAGAGUGCAUUUUCCACUAGUGUUGAUACCGUUGUAGAUGGAGCCCAAUCAGCGAAAGAUAAAGCUGAGAAAGAAACGAAAAAAGCUAAAGAGAAAGCAUCUGGAUUUUUCUCGGGUAUUUUUAAAGGUGCUAAGCAUACAGUCGAUGAUGCUUCAGAAGAUUUAAAAGAAUUCUUGGAUAAAACAAAAGCGGAAGCUGCGGAAGAAAGAGCACGUGCUAAAGAAGCUGCCUCACAAGCUGCUAAAUCGGCGGAUGAUGUAAAAGAUAAAACUCUUGCUGGUGUUAAAGAUUUGAAAGACAAAACAGUAGCAGGAGUAGAAGAUGUAAAAGAAAAAACAGUAGCUGUUGUUACAGAUGCAAAAGAUAUAACUGCUACUACAACACAUGACGUCAAAGAAAAAAUUGUAUCUAGCACUAAAGAUGCAAAAGACAAAGCAGUGAUGGAAGGAAAGGAUAUUACCGAGAAAGCAGUAGCUGGUGUAAAGGAUGCUAAAGACAAAACAGUGGAAAGAGCCCAUAUUCUUACAGAGACAACAGAAGCUGGAUUAAUAGAUAUAAAAAAUAAAACUUCUGCGGUAGCUGCAAAUGUAGGAGAUAAAAUUAUAUCUGGUGGAAAAAAAGCAACUGACAAAGUAGACAUCACAGCUCACGUAGUUGCGGAUGAUGCGAAACACACGAAGGAAGCUGUAGCUAAAGAAUUGAAAAAAGAUGCUGAAGUUAUGAAAGGUUCUUUAGUUUCAGCUGCUGAUGCUGCUGCGGAUAGCGCUCAGUCAGCCAAAGAAAAAACUACAAAAGAAACGAAAAAAGCAAAAGAUAAAACAUCUGGAUUUUUUUCUGGUAUAAUUAAGGGAGCUAAACAUGCAGUUGAAGAUGUUUCCGAAGAUGUUAAAGAAUUCUUAGAAGACACGAAAGCUGAAGCUAUAGAAGAAGAGGCGCGUGCUAAAGAUGCUGCAUCACGUACUGCUAAAUCUGUAGAUGAUGCAAAGAAUAAGACCGCUGCUGGAAUUAAAGACAUUAAAGACAAAACAGUAAUUGGAUUACGAGAUGCGAAAGACAAGACAGUAGCUGUUGUUAAAGAUGCAAAGGAUAAAACUGUUGCUAAAACACAAGACGUUAAAGAGAAGUUAGUAACCAGUAUAAAAGAUUCAAAAGAAAAAACAGUUAAUGGAUCACAAGAUGUUACAGAGAAAGUCAUAGCUGGUGUGGGGGAUGUAAAAGAUAAAAUUGCUUCUUCAAGUGCGGAUGUAGAAGGUAAAAUUGUUUCGGGUGGAAAAGUAGCUGCUGAUAAAGUAAAAACCACAGCUCAUGGAGUUGAAGAUGAUGCGAAGAAUGCAAAAGAUGCUGUAGCAAAAGAACUAAAGGAAGAUACUGAAAUUGUAAAGGGAACGCUUACCACUGGUGCUACUACUGUUGUAGACGGGGCUCAAUCAGCAAAAGAUAAAGCUGCAAAAGAAACUAAAAAGGCUAAAGAAAAAACGUCUGGAUUUUUUUCCGGCAUACUCAAGGGAGCUAAACAUGCAGUAGAAGAUGUCUCUGAUGAUUUUAAAGAGUUCUUAGAAGAAACGAAAGCUGAAGCUGCCGAAGAAGAGGCACGUGCUAAAAACGCAACAUCACGAGUUACAAAAUCUGUAGAUAAUGCAAAGGACAAAGCCACUACUGGUGUCAAAGAUCUAACAAAUAAAACAAUAGCAGAAGUGCAGGAUGCAAAAGAGAAAACAGCUGCUAGUGUGAAAGAUGUAAAAGAUAAAACUGUAGGCGCAACGCAAGAUGUCAAAGAAAAAGUAGUGUCUGGUACUAAAGAUACUAAAGAUAAAAUAAUAAUUGGUGCACAAGAUAUUACUGGAAAGGCAGUUGCUAGCGUUAAAGAUUCUAAAGACAAAGCAUUAACAGGUGCCCAAGAUUUUACUGAAAAAACAGUAACUGGCAUAAAGGACAUAAAAGAUAAAGCUUCUACGAUAGCUACAGAUGCAGGAGACAAAAUAUUGUCGAGUGGAAAAAUAGUAGCUGAUAAAGUAGCAAUCACAGCUCAUGGAGUUUCGGAAGAGGCGAAGGAUACCAAGGAUGCUGUUGCAAAAGAAUUAACAGAAGAUACUGCAGUUGUAAAGAGCGCACUUUCCACUAGUGUUGAUGCUGUUGCUGAUGGUGCCCAAUCAGCGAAAGAAAAAGCUGCGAAAGAAACUAAAAAAGCUAAAGAAAAAACAUCUGGAUUUUUCUCAGGUAUUUUUAAAGGAGCUAAACACACAGUUGAUGAUGUUUCGGAAGAUGUUAAGGAAUUUUUGGAUAAGACGAAAGCUGAAGCUGCGGAAGAAGAGGCACGUGCUAGAGAAGCUGCUUCACGAGCUGCUAAAUCUAUAGAUGAAGCGAAAGACAAGACUACCGCUAGUAUAAAAGAUGUACAAGAUAAGACAGUAGCAGGAGCACAAGAUGCUAAGGAAAAGACAGUAGCUGUUGUUAAAGAUGCAAAGGAUAGAACUAUUGCUACAACCCAAGAUGUCAAAGAAAAUAUAGUGGCUAUCACUAAAGAUGUUAAAGACAAAGUAGUAGGUGAAACUCGUGAUAUUACGGAAAAAACAGUAAUUGGUGUAAAGGAUGCAAAAGAUAAAACAGUGGAAGGAGUCCAAGAUCUUACAAAAAGGACAACAGCUGGCGUUAAGGAUGUCAAAGAUAAAGCUGCUCUUACAGUUUCAGAUGCAAGAGAUAAAAUUGUUUCUGGUGGAGAGAAAACUGCUGAUAAAAUUGAAAUCACAGCUCGUGGAGUUAUGGAUGGUUCGAAAGAUACUAUAGGGAAAAAACUUAAAGAAGAUGUAGAAGUUGUAAAGGGUUCAUUAGUUUCCGCUGCUGAUGUUGUUGCGGAUGACGCUCAGUCAGCAAAAGAUAAAACUGUAAAAGAAACUAAAAAAGCAAAAGAUAAAGCAUCUGGAUUUUUUGCAGGUAUAAUUAAGGGAGCUAAGCACGUAGUUGAAGAUGUUUCUGAAGAUGUUAAAGAGUUCUUAGAAGAAACGAAAGCUGAAGCUGCCGAAGAAGAAGUACGUGCUAAGGAAGCUGCUGCACGUGCGGCUAAGACUGUAGAUGACGCAAAGGAUAAAACUGUUACAGGUGUAAAAGAUUUAGAGAAAAAAGCAGUGUCAGGAGUACACGAUGUUAAACAAAAGAUCGUCUCCAGUGUUACAGAUGCAAAAGAUAAAAGUUCUGCUAAAUUAGAGGGCAUUAAUAAGAAGAUUACUGCAGGUGCGGCUGAUGCUACAGUUAUUGCAGUAGAAGGUACACAGUUUGUUGCCGAACAAGCUGUUGGUGGCAUGAAAGAUACGAAGGAUAAAUCUAUCGCUACGGUUAAAGAUAUUAAAGCAAAAACUGAAUCAAAAGUAUCUGAUAUCACACAGAGUGCAGACAACGUUACAGUUUCUACAGGUGAAAAGAUUUUCUCUACUGGAAAGCAAAUAUCUGAUAAGAUAGAUUUGGCAGCUCGUGGACUUGUUGAAGACGCGAAAGAUGCGAAGGGAACAGUUUCCGAAGAAAUAAAAGAAAAAGUACGAUCUAGUAAAGAAACACUUGCAACUGGUAGUAGUGCUAUUGCUGGCAGUACUCAAACAGCAAAAGAAAAAACUUCUAAGGAGGCAAAGAAGAUUAAAGAGAAAGGAUCUGGAUUCCUAUCUGGUAUAUUUAAAAGUGCUAAGCAUGCAAAGGAAGACGUUACUGAUGACGUGAAAGAAUUCUUUGAAGAAACCAAAAACGAAGCUGUAGCCGAAGAGGCACGAGCUAAAGAAGCUGCAGCACAUUCAGUCAAAGUUGCAAAAGACUUAAAAGAUAAAACUGUAGAUGUUAUUGACGAUACUAAAACAAAGGCAGAGUCCAAAGUAUCUGGCAUUGCACGCAAAAUUACUAGUGUCACUUCUUCUGGAAAUAAUUACCCUCCUAGUGAAUCUGAAGAUAAUCGAAAAAUUAAUGAAAAAUUCGGAGGUAUAACGACCACAGUUAUUAGUAGUGAAAUAAUUUCUCCUACACAAGGAGUUUCUGCACCAUUUUCAGAAGUUUCUACGUUUGGAGUCUAUCCAAAAUCUGAUGUGAAUACAGUUAGUUCCGUUGUUAGCAGUGAUCAGGAUUUGGUAUCACGAGAUAGAUCGAAAAAGAUUUCGCGCAUUCCACAACGUGUUAGUACUUCUCCGGAUGACAGAACUGAACAACUAAGUACAAAUUUGGGUUCAGGUAGGGUAGUUGUGAUAUCUAGUGAAUUAGAGCACCUUGAACCUCACACAAGACAAUCCGUCACCACAGUCGUUACAAAGUCUGUGCGGACGGCAGCAACACCACCACCCAGUCUCGCCGAGUUCACUGACAGUAGAAUCGAAGAUGUAACAGAGGAAGCUGCAAGACGAGCACAAAACCUAGUUCAACAAACAUAUUCUGUGACAAAACCAGGGCAUGAUUCGGCUGAGAUUGAUGGGACUGUAGAGAGGCAUGCUACUUCUGCUCCAACAAAGCAACCUGUUCCCGCCCCACGUCAUUUCACCACCAAGUCGUCCGCCAAAGCCGAUUUUCGUCUAGAUUUUGGAGACGCCUCACGAACAUCACAUGGUCUUAAAAUUAAGAAACCAUUCGAAUGUUCCCCCGAAUCUCCAGAAAAAAGCAGUCCAAAAUCAAAGAUUCCUGUGAAAAUAAAGAAACAGAUCGAAGACGAAGAGAGUGUAAUUAAUAAAACUAUAGAAUCAGAUAUUCGUGGUCGAUCAAAAAUGGAAUCUCAUAUUCCUUUACCAAGAUCAGCCGAUGUAGUACGUAUUACGAAGGAUGAAUUGUUAGGCAAAGAUCAUUCGAUCCGUUCGCAAUCGGAUACUGGUCACCCUAUUGAUAAAGAUAAAGAUAUUAUAGAGACUGAACAUUUGAUGAAGGGAAGCAUCGAAACGAGUGAUACAACCAUAGAUACGUAUCCAUCAAAAAUAUUUGAGUCUGAUAAAACUUAUACUACAGUAACAACGAUCGUGUCUUCCUCGGAUCAAGCGAUCGAUCCUGAUAAGUUAAACGAACUUAUGCAAAUGGAUGAAGUUUUGAAGACAGUUAAAACUGUAACUACUUCUACAUUUGAAAUAACAGAUUCAGAAUAUCCUACGGAAAUUGUUAAGAGGAAAACUACUAGAAUCACAGAAGUUUUGCCUGAUUUGAAAGGCGUCGGUGUUUACGAAGAUGAACCCAAUAUAGGAUUAAAUGCAAGUAACAGUAACCAGAGUAUUAAAACGAACGAAGAUGGAACGUUUAUAGAAAGAGUGACUACAAUAAGGCAAUUUACUGGACCUUCUUAUUCGGAAAAAUUAAAUCAAUCGAUGUUAGAAUCGAUGAGAACUGGUGAUGAUCGAUCGGAUGAUCCAUUUUUUUCUUCGGACCUGAAGACAUCGGAAUGCGAGAUUGAUAGAAGUUAUAUGAAAGCAGGAAAAUCAGAAAGCGAUGAACGAGACACAUGGACGCAAGCCGGAGUGGCAGAAUAUUCGUCCAUUAAUAAUUCCGAGCAAUGGGAGACGCAGCUCUCUUUAGACACAUCACCUGGUUCUGGUAAUGGUGAUAUUUAUACAAAGAACGAUAGUUCGCGACACGAAUUGAACAGCGAUACAGAUAGUGACGGUUCUCCUCGGCCAAGAAGAAGAUCCCCGUGCAAGAGACGUACUUUGGGCAGUUCUAGCGGGUCGGACGUAGCACUGCACGAAGGUGCGGAACUGUCCCCAUUGGAGGACGACCAAGGUACCGCACUCACAGCUAACCUUCUAAAAUCUGACUUUUUGCAACAAAGCGAGCCAACCUUUGUAGAGACAACAACGACCGAAAUGGAUCCCUUAACACAGGAAAGAAUAACAAGAACGGUGCAAGUAGUAACGACAACAACGACGGUACCGAUGGCAGGUGGCAUAGCUGUGACGGACGAUUUGCGGGAAUCAAUGCAGAAAAUAGUUGACCAAUUUAUGACAGAGGAGAGGAAAGGCCAGUGAAGAAUUGAAAGAUGAGAAGCGCGAAAAAGAAUAAAUGAUAAUAAUAACAAUAAUAAUAAUAAUAAAAGAAGAAACAGAUUGUCGUCAAAGGGAUGUAAAAUUCCUCUAAAGGAAUAAUAUUCUCUUUUGCGUUGACCUAACGAAGCAUCUGUUCCGAACAAAACACCCCAUUAAAAUUCAAUAUCCAAUAAAAUAAAGCUCUUCAUUCUCGCGGCGUUCCCCGAGAAAUAAACAAGGCAUAUACUAUGUAUGUAUUGUAAGACGUUAUAUCGUCGCGCCGCUUAUGGCCUACGCUUCGAAUUUGCUUGCCCUUCCGUUAUAUUUCGUUGCCUUAUAUUUUUUUGUGUUUGAACUGGUAAUUAUUAUUAAUAAUAUAUGUAUGUAUGUAUAUGUCGUUGCUAGUCCGACUAGCUCUCUGCUAGUCUUCACUAUGCCAACCCGUCCACGUACAACGCCUUCUCUCGUGUUGUUCAAAGCAAGAUAAGGAAACGAAUCGCCUUCAAAUAAAAAGUUUUCAAGGCAAAUCAAAGUAUCGAUCGAACAACAAAAAUCAUAUUGAAAUGAAAAAAACGAAACGAUAAUAAAUACGUCUUAUUCGUAGACGUCUAUCUGAAACGAACGAUAUGCCAUGGCGAAAGCGAAUACUAUAUUUAUAGUGUAUAAUGAAAUCUCGAAUAUAUGACGAAAUUAAACGACAGAUUUUACAUUGCGGCUUUGCUAAAUGGUCGCUGGGGAGUCUGCUUUAGCUUUAGAAUGACUGUAAUGUCUAUCUGCGCAAUACAUCGCUUAAUUAGAACAGUAAACUUUUAUUCAUAUUUCCGACAGUGAAUUUCGCAGAUGAUCUUGUUGUCACUUGUCUCAGAAACAAAUUAAGUGCACAAUAAAUUGAAGGAUCGAAGAGUAGUUUUUGAUUCGAUUGACAACGAGAAACGAAUGUUUUUAUUGAUCAAGGCGCAAUAUAAAUGUAACUUAUUUAAAGAAUAUUUCCUAACAAUUUUUAAUUAUAUAUAUAUAUAUAAUAAUUUCUUAGCGUAACUUAUACAAAUGUACUAUUAUACAGUUGUAAUAAUGACAAGAUUAUAACACGAAUAUUUUAUUUAUAUAGCAAAAAAAAAAAGAGAAGAAAUCAUUGGUAUAAUGUUACAUGCGUAAAUUUUGAAAUGAGAGUAAUGUUGUUGGCAAUCUGUCCAUAUGAAUUGUAUAAAAUAUAAAAAGAAAAGAAACGAGGCAGCACGAUGAUUAUAAAAAAUAUAUUGUUUAAAUUUAUUGAUUUGAAUUCGUCUCAAUACAUAAACAAUGUUAGCUUUCAAUGUACAACACAAUUUAAAAAAAAAAAAGUACAGGAAGAAAUCAUAUGUGUAUUAAAAAGAAAGUUACGAAUAAGAUAUUCGAUUCAUGUAUGAUACAUUGAAAGAUAUAUAAUUAUUACAUAUACGAAAUUUAUAACUUAUUACUUGUAAUGACUGUUAAACUACAAUUAAUAGACUUGCCUAGAGCCUAUUUGACCUAAGGACCAAAGGCACAAUCACGCGCGCAUCAAAAUGAAUGAAACACUCCAAUGUAUUGUAACAUUUAGUGUAAUUUCACGAAUGUUGUAAUACUAAUAUUUAAACAUUCUGGAUAAAUCAAACUACGGAUUA